ACGCCGGGGGCCGGGUUCUCUUUCCGGGCGAGCCGGGGCUUCGUUUCCGGGUGAGGCCGGCCCCGCGCCGCCGCCAUGAAGAUCACGAGGCAGAAACACGCCAAGAAGCACAUGAGUUUCUACAAGUACAACUUCCAGGUCCGGGAGCCCUUCCAGUUGCUGCUGGACGGUACCUUCUGCCAGGCCGCGCUGCGCAACAAGAUCCAGAUCCGCGAGCAGCUGCCCGGCUACCUGGGGGGCGCCGCGCAGCUCUGCACCACGCGAUGCGUUCUAAAAGAAUUAGAAUCACUGGGGAAGGAACUAUAUGGAGCAAAAUUAAUUGCCCAACGAUUUCAGGUUCGACACUGUUCUCACUUCAAAGAUCCAGUAAGUGGUUCGGCAUGUCUUCUAUCCAUGAUUCAGGAUGGCAAUCCACAUCACUAUUUUAUUGCUACACAGGAUCAAGAUUUGGCAAAAAAAGUGAAGAAAAAGCCUGGAGUUCCUCUGCUCUUUAUUAUUCAGAACACUAUAGUACUUGACAAACCGUCUCCAAAAUCUCUGGCAUUUAUUCAAGCAGUGCAAGCAAAUCAGCUUGUUCCAGAGCACCAGAAACAAAGUCUUAAACAACUCAAAGAGAAAGAGGGACUAGGAAAGGAAGAAAAGGAAAAAAGAAAACGUAAGAGAGUGGGUGGUCCCAAUCCCCUCAGCUGCCUGAAGAAGAAGAAAAAAGUGCAAGAGACUAAGCAGCCUCCUGCUGCAAAGAAGAAACGAAAAAGAAAACGAAGCCGGGCUAAACUGCAGCCAGUGCAACAGUGCGCAGAAGCAUAAAGCUGUCCUUAUAAACCGUGCAGGACUUCAGUGUUGCUUGAGUUUUUGUAAAGAUUCUUUUUGCACAAAAAUAAUAUGAAAAAAACUGUGUGUUUAUACUGAACCAUAUUUUUAUGAAAAAAGUAAUACCCAUCCUUGGGAAACAAACACUGUGA